AUGUCCUAUCCUCAGUUUGGCUACCCUUACUCCUCUGCACCACAGUUCCUGAUGAGUACCAACUCCUUGACAACCUGCUGCGAGUCCAGCGGCCGAACGCUUGCCGACACGGGGGCGGCCGCUUCCGCCCAGACCCCCGUAUACUGCCCGGUGUACGAGAGCCGCCUGCUCGCUACCGCCCGACACGAGCUCAACUCCGCCGCCGCCCUGGGGGUUUACGGCGGCCCCUACGCCGGCCCCCAGGGCUAUGGAAACUACGUGACCUACGGCACUGAGGCUCCCGCCUUCUACUCCUUGAACAGUUUGGAGGCGAAGGACGGGAGCGGGUCUGCGCAUGCGGGCAUCGCCCCGGCAGCUGCCUACUACCCCUACGAUCACACCCUCAGCCAGUACCAGUACGACAGGUAUGGCACGAUGGACGGCGGGACGCGGAGGAAAAAUGCCACCCGGGAGACGACCAGCACGCUGAAGGCCUGGUUGCAGGAGCAUCGCAAGAACCCCUACCCAACCAAGGGCGAGAAGAUCAUGCUCGCCAUCAUCACCAAGAUGACCCUCACCCAGGUCUCCACCUGGUUCGCUAACGCCCGGCGGCGGCUCAAGAAGGAGAACAAGAUGACCUGGCCUCCGCGGAACAAGUGCUCGGAUGAGAAGCGGCCCUACGAGGAAGAAGAGGAAGAGGAGGAGGACGGUUCGCAGGAAGAGGCGAUGAAGAGCGGGAAAGCAGAGGAGCCCACGGGCAAGGAGGAGAAGGAGCUGGAGCUCAGCGACCUGGAGGACUUGGACGCAGCCGAGUCGGAGAGCUCGGAGUGUGAGCUGAGACGGCCCUACCCUCACCCGCUCCCUCACCUGGGUGGCAGCCACCCGACACGGGCCACCGAGCCCCCUGCCAAGAUGCCGCCGCCGCCGCCCGCCGCUGCCAGGGAGGAGGAGGAGGAGCCGGCGGCAGAGCGGGCGCGGAGCUGCCUGAAGACGGUGGCGGAGGAGUGCGGCCCCGACCUUCUCGGUGCUCGGCAGCAGCGCGGCUGCGAGUCAAAAAUGUGCUUCCAGCAGGGGCAGCAGCUGCUGGAGGCGAAGCCCAGGAUUUGGUCCCUGGCGCACACCGCCACGUCCCUCAACCAGGCCGAGUACCCCUCCUGCAUGCUGAAACGGCCAGGGGCCUCGGCCGCCUCCGCCGUCUCCGCCCCGGUCAGUGUCAUAGACAGGCACCAGGAUUCGCCGGUCACCAACCUCAGGAACUGGGUGGACGGGGUGUUUCACGAUCCCCUGUUCAGACAUAGUACUUUGAACCAAGCCCUGAGCAACACGACAGUUUCCUGGGCUACCACCAAAGGAGCCAUUCUGGAAACGGGCGCCUUGGGACGCGCGGUGGGAAACGGCGCCAGCGUGCUCAAGGGGCAGCUCUCAAACUUGGCCCACCAUGACUCGGACAAAGAGUUUCUGGCGUUUCCCAAAUCAGGAAGCAAAAUGUUUUGUUCCUAA